AUGCAGGUCCAUCUCACGCCAGUGCAGUGGCGCCUCUGCCCACUCCGCGUGCGUGGCGUCUCGAAUUGGCUGCAGCAUCUGCAGUCGAGGCUGCCUCAACCAGACGCACCUGCAGAUGUGCCCGCUUUGCAGGAGCAGCCUCGGGCACUGCAGGUCAAGGCACCUCCACUGUGCGGUGGAAGACCGAACAGAAUCAGGCUGGCAGUCUCCGUGCGGGCGACGGCGUCGGUGGAUGGCUCACUGGAGUCGCCAGCAGGCUCCAUGUCUUUCAGCCUCCCGAGCCUCAGCUGCACAUACCACAGCGUCUCGGACUCGUGGCGUCCCAGGGCACGUAUGACGCUGAGGGUGUCUCGCCCGCACGCCACGCUGAGCAUGGCGGCGGCGCCGCCACUCGAAAUGGUCGAGUGGUGCGAGGAGAAGGUCCACGGCGACGAUGCCACCUUCCAGAUGCGCUCAGCGUGCUGGCUGUCCGUCAGCGCGCGAUGGCGCAGAGGGCAGCCCACGGAGAUAGCCGUGGCCUCGCUGCCGCUCGGCCUCUGCCUGGCGCUCCGGCCCUUCCUGAGGUUUGUCUCGGCCUUCUCCCUGCCCGACGCGCCCGCAGCCCCAGGCGUGGCCCACGACGCGGCGCGGGCGCAGCGCAGCUCCUCUGCGCGCGGCGGCCCCGCGGCGGCAGCGACGGGCUGCGGCCAGAGCGGGGACGCCGGACGGCGGUCGGGCGAGCAGGAGGCGCGCCCGAGGCAGGCGGGGCUCUCCGCGCAGGCGUCCCUCAGCACGGUGUCGCUGCGGGUGUUCGCCGCGGGCCCGUCCACCGAGGUCUCGCCGCACCUGGCCGUGUGCGUGGAGGAGGCGUCGGCCCACGUCCCCUCGGGGGGGCCGCCGCGGGCGUCGGCGGUGCUCUCGGUGCUGCUCUUCGGGCCGGAGCAGGCAGGAACGGCCACGCCCUCGGACGCGCCCGCCCGGAUGCCCUCGGACGCCGGCGCGCUGAGCUCGGAGUGCCACCUCGACGACCUCCUCGGGCCCUGCACCCUGAGCUUCUCGGAGAGGCCCGCAGAGCCGGGCGCCCGGGGCGUCAGGACCCUCUGCGCGGAGGUGGACGGCCUGGUGCUCGGGCUGACGGAGCGCUCGCACCUGAUCGCCCUCCUGCAGCUCGGGAGCCAGUACCUGAGCUGCCUGGACGAGCUCGCCCGGCCCUCGCAGGACGCGGGCGGGGCGCCCGAGCCAGCUCGGCGCACAGGCGAGGCGCGGCCGCCGGGCGAGCCCGUGUGCCUCAGCGUGCUGGUCCGCUCCGCCUCGGUGCAGCUGCCUGGGCAGCUCGUGGAUGGCCAGACCCCUUCGUACCGCCUGGCGGUGGGCAGUGCUUCUUGGACGUCGACGCCGCAGGAUGCCACAACGCAGCAGCUGCUGCAGUGCAGCAACCUCAGCGCUGCUCUCGAGGACAGCCAGCAGUCGCUCCACCUGACUCGUCUUACGCUUACCGUCCUUCACAGCUCACCGCCCGCCGGUGGCGGCAACAGCGCGUUGGACAUCACGGCCAACAUCGACGGGGAUGUGUCGCUAGAUGUUUGCACUGGGUGCAUCUUCGCUGACAUUCAGCGCUUAUUACCAUCUGCAACAGAGAGGCAGCUGAUAGGCGCUCUGGAUCAGCACUCCGUCACUGUCUUGGCCACUGCGGACGAGCGAGACGAACAUACACCGGCCGCUGGCAGCACCACCUCGACACCAAUUUCUCCUACGCUGAUAGAAGGCCAGGCCAGUAGCGCCGAUGAAGAAAGGCUUCACUCCACAGCCGCCGCAUCGACACCGCCGGCUCAGGAGCCAGCCGUUGUGAAGUGGCGCGUGCUGGUGGCGAACUUCAGCUCCAGGCUGUCGGCGGGCCCCGCGGAGUCGAGCCGCGUGGCGCUCCGGCUCCGUGACUUCUCCGUGUUCUCCUGGCCUCCGACUCUCACGGCGCCGCCGGCAGCAUCGCACAGGCUGCCUGGCAUGCACCGCAAGCGCAUCGACGUGUCCGUCGAGGCCAUGUCGGCGGACGCGAGCUGGGCAAGCGCUUUGGCCGCCCCGCUCCUGUCGCCAAUGUCGCUGCACGGCUCGGUCACCACCCAGAGCGCCUGCGACUUGGAGUGCCCACAGCUGCCUGCAGCGCGGACAGACGUUCAGUUCCACUUGUCGCCGAUGGUCGUCGCCCUUGGGGCGUGGCAGAUCCAGGCACUGCAGGAGAUUCUGUCUUUCUCAGAUCCUGGUGGUGCGCCAUCACAGGACGUGCAGGAGAGCCUGUCGACAGUGGCAGGGACGAUGGUGGCGAGAGGGCCUCGAGAGCGGUCCCGCCAGUUCCUGUGUCCUUUGACGACCUGGUUUUGCAGCUCUGGGUGCAGGACGGCCACGAUGCAAAGCGCGACGAGGGGGUCGGGCGGAUUCUCUUCUUGA